UGUCCCAAACACAAGACAAAAACAAAUCGCGCAUACAAAGGGACGUAAAUAUAAGCGGGUGCUCUCUGUUCGCCACGACCGAUCUGUUCAUCUUUCCCUUUGCAAUUCAACCUCAGAUAAAGAUGGUUUCUCCGGUCACUGUGGUCAAGAGCGAGGGUCCAAAGCUUGUUCCAUUCUUCAAAGCCACUUGCGUCUACUUUGUUCUGUGGUUGCCCACCUCGAGCCCCACCUGGUACAGUGCCCUCAUCAAAUGCCUGCCCAUCUUCUGUCUUUGGGUUUUUCUGCUCGCUCAUGGCUUCAGCUUUUUAGGUGCCCACUCCAGUGCCAGGAAAAUCCUGGCAGGACUUAUUUUUUCAGCUUUGGGUGACGCAUUUCUCAUCUGGCAAGAACAAGGCUACUUUAGUCACGGACUGCUAAUGUUCGCCAUCACCCACAUUCUCUACUCUUCGGCCUUUGGGAUGAAGCCCAUCAACUCAAGAGCAGGUCUGGUCAUCGCUGUUAUCUCAGGCCUCAGCUACACCCUUCUUUACCCCUACCUCUCUGGUCCCUUUACCUACCUGGUGGCCGUUUACAUUGCUCUGAUCGGCUUCAUGGGCUGGAGGGCCAUUGCUGGAGUCCAGCUCGCCAAUGACCUGUGGACCUGGACGAAGCUGUCGGCCUGCCUCGGAGCCGUCCUCUUCAUGGUAUCCGACCUCACCAUUGCCGUCAACAAGUUCUGCUUCCCUGUACCCCACUCUCGAGCCAUCAUAAUGGCGACCUACUAUGCAGCACAGAUGUUGAUCGCACUGUCAGCAGUGGAAUGUCAGGAUGCCGAUGCGUCUUGGAAAAGAGCCUGAGGGUCCAUGCAUUAACCAACCUUCCCCAAAUGACUCAACAUCAGUAGCAGCUGCACAGGUUCAAGUUCCACUUCCUGAAACCUCUGGUCCUCCCACAGUAUUGGUUAUAGUUGAAGAAUCGCCUGUUUAAAUCCAUCUAAGACCAGACCAAUGGGGGAGUUCUUGCUGUUUGAUAGACUUGGUCUUUAGUCUAUUGACUUAGUCAAGUCUCUCACCAUAGUUCCUCAGUCUUACAAUACUGCAUUGGUUCCCUACAUUCCUCUUAGUACCACUGUUUUGGUGUCAGGAAAGGACAAACAGUUUUUGAGUUCUGGUUACUAGAUCCUCAAUAUAGCCUACUUCCUUACCUUAGCAUGUUCUCCAUUUCACCCUGUUUCUUAUAUGUUGUCCUCUUCAGAUAGUCCGAUAGUCCUUGAUGGCUUGUACUGUGAACAAAGAGAGUCUUGAGUGACUAGUCUUAAUCGGGAACCUACUUUCAGUCCUGAAGAAUGGACCAGCAAACAAAACAAAGGGGCUGGUUUCCCCAUCUCACCGUAGAUUUCCCAAACGUAAUCAGCGAGUAGAAGGAAAUCAUUUUAUAUUAAAGCAGAUAUGUUAGCGUAGUGCUGCUGUAUUGGAAAUCGAUGCACAAUCUUUGCUGUAGUAUUGUGAGGUAUACCUUACUGUUUAUCCUGUGUCACUGACACAUUUUAAAGUGUUGAUUUCGGUAGUACACGAACCGUCAUGUCUAAAUACACAUGCGAUGGAGUAGCCAAGUUGUCUUGGCUCAAGCCCAAAUGACUGCAACCAGUGCUAGCGUUGUCUCUGGAUGAGGCUAUCCUUCACUAAAAUUCGAGAAACUCUCAUAAAAAGGGAAGGGAGAUGCUGUCUGCUAUCAUUUUCUUUGGUUUCUGCCAAAUGAGCAGUAUUGCUCAAUACCUCUACCAAAAGGAAACAGCAAAUGCGUACAAGUUGUACUGUUAAUCCUGUCUGUAUAGUAUCAGAUAAUAUUUGUAAAGAGGGAGUGAUGUCAGAUGAUACGCAUGUAUGAUGCUUCCAACCACUCUUUAUUUGUCUUUUGCCAGUAGGAAGCAUCUUACUCAAGGGAAAGUGGGAAGCCCUGUGGUGGGCGAAUGUCGUGUGUUUUAGAUCUGUAAGCCAGUUCUUCUUUUUUUUUCGUUUGGGGCUGUGCUGCAUCAACUGAAUCGCAUACUAGGGUGAAUCACAACAUAUCUGUAGACAAAUUUCAGUACUAAUUAAAAAGUUAUAUAUUUUGCGUAAAGAAAAUGUAUAUUUUAGCAUCAUGUGUUUUUCACGACAUUCUCAUCAGACCAUAAUGUAAAAGAAAAUGCUGUCAUUCCUGUAAUGGACCCAGACGUUUUACUUUUGUUUAUAAUUCUUAUUAUUCUUGAUGAUGAUUUUCAGUACUGUAAUGAGAAUUACUCUGAAUUAUUCAUUGUUUUUUUUUUCUUUAUGGGACAACAAAUACUAAAAUAAUGCAAAAUAUGUAUUUUUCA